GUUCACACCGAAGCAUGCCAAAUAUACAAGGAACAGUCAAAUAUAGUAGAAUAAAACGUCAACAAAGCAAUAAAAAAAACAUUGCAAAACAAUUGAAGAAUUUGCUAAAAAAAAAAAGAGGGCCAUUUAAUCCAGGUGUGCACUGAAAUGUUUAAAAGGCCCUGAGGCAGAGAUGGACCCAAGAAACUUUGGCCCACCAGUGAAAUCUGGACCAGUAAGUUGCAAUAAUGGGGAUAACGAGGAGCCCUAUCCAAGCCUCUCGGAUUAUCAUGAUUAUGAGCCCAAUCUGGAGUUUGAUGAUUCCGAACUGCAGCAAACACCCAAUUCCGGAUCUAUAUCGGCUGACUUUAUCCACAUAGAGACCAAUAACAGUGGGGGCGGUACCAUGAGUACCUCCCCAGUAGCCGAAUUCAUCGAUGAAAAUUAUGAAGAAGAACUGGCCGAUGCCAGAGAUGAAACAUUCGACAGUAUGGUGUUCACUACCUCAUCAUAUCCCGAGGUGGGGGUUACCACUGGUCCAGAGCAAUUCACCGAAAUCUCCAAGUACAACAUCGUGGACGUCAAAGGAGACGACGCGAUUGGGCGUAAAGUUAUUGUACUGUACGCCUCCAGGUUACCACCGGUCAACGAAAUCGACCACACCCUAUUUUUAACCUACUUGAAAUACACCCUGGAAUCAUACGUGGAACAGGACUACAGCCUGAUCUAUUUCCAUCACGGUUUAACGAGUAAAAACAAGCCGAGUCUCAGGUGGCUGGUGCAGGCCUACAAGGCCUUCGAUAGGAAUUAUAAGAAGAACCUUAAGGCCCUUUAUUUGAUCCACCCUACGGGGUUUUUGAAGAUCGUCUCGCAGAUAUUUCGUCCCCUGAUCAGUGCCAAAUUCGGUAAGAAACUGAACUACAUUUACAGCUUGAAGGAGCUGAACGACGUGGUGCCCAUCGACAAGCUGGAUAUCCCGUACGAAGUGAUCGAGCAUGAUAAAAAAUUGAACGGUGGCGUCCCCAUAUCGUCCGAGACGUACCAGGAACAAAUGAUCCCCACCCAACAGUUUGGUGUAACCAUACAGUUUAUCAGGGAUAAUUAUCACGUGACUAUUCCACCAGUGGUCAGGCAGUGUAUAGAGUAUUUGGAACAGCCUGAUGCCCUGGAAACCGAAGGCAUAUUCAGACGUUCCGCGAACGCUACCAAAGUCAAGGCCCUUAAGGAGCUUGCGAAUCAGGGUCAAACGGUGACGUUCGAGGACCCCCACGAGGCCGCGGUCCUCCUCAAGAAGUUCCUGAGGGAGUUGCGGGAACCGCUGCUCACUUACGAGAUCUACGACGAAAUCAUGCAGUUCCAAAGUUGGAACAAAGACGAGCAGCUACGCAACGUUUCGAUCCUGAUGAUGGAGAAACUACCCGAAGAUAAUUAUAAGGUUUUGAAGUACAUUAUCGGGUUCUUGUCCAGGGUGAUGGAACGUUCGGAUUUGAACAAAAUGAACGCGCAAAAUCUCGCGGUGGUGUUCGGACCGAAUCUGGUCUGGUCCGAACUGGUGUCGAUGUCUCUGGCCGCCAUCGGGCCGAUCAACAUGUUCACCCAGUUCCUCUUGCAGCACCACAACGAGAUUUUCAUGAUUUAAUCAUUUUUGCCGCCAUAUUAAUUAUUAUUAUUAACGCGACUGAACGUUUUUUGUAUAUAAUUUAAGUCCCAAUAACUAUACUAACAAAAAAAAAAAAAAAAAUCGCGACGAGCAGUGUAUAGUAGUAACAAGACUUUUCAACAUCUCACCACAAUAAAUUUGUGAUAGUAAUUGUCGAUCUUAAAUGUACAGGUGCAGCUUAAAGCGUAAUCCGUUGUUAGACGUAUUGUACGGGGUGUUUCACUAAGUGAGGAUCGCGGUUAGAUCUCGGGAACUGUCAAUUUGACAUUUUAACGUAAUUUUCACACCUUCCAGGAAUUUUUUUCUCUUUUUUCCACACCCUUGACGUUAUUUUUAGCUGUUUAAAUUCUACUCAAAGUCAGAUAUCAAAAAACAAAAAUUUUUUGACAGGCGUAGUCGGCGGCCAUAUUAGGCUUGUAGCUGUUUAAAAUUUGCCGACAGAUGGCGUAACUAACGUGUUGUUUAGAAAUCGUUAUAGUUACGCGAAAGAUCACCGUGGGCUGGAGCGCCCUCUGUGGGAUUAAAAAAAAAAAAAAAAUUCUUCCAGGCUCUCGGAUCGCGUUCUGCAAGAAUGGUUCCUAUCAAUUUUUGUGUAGAGUCAACUGGUUUUGAGAAAUUUGGACCUUAAGAUUUUUCCACGGCCUAUGGCCUGUGAUUAGACAAUUCUUUAAAUAUCUCAGUUACUAUUGGACAAAUGGUAAAAAGUGUAGAGGCAAAAAUUGUAGAAUGGAUCGCGUUCUACAAGA